UAAAGAAAGAAUAUGGAAAAUAGAUUAAAAAAAGAAAAAAAAAUGAAAGAAAAUGUGGGGCCAUACAAAAAAUCCAAAAGAGAUUAGAUCAAGACGGCGGAGGCGGAUCAUUUCUCUUGGUAUGAGCCGUACACAAGAUUCUUAAUUGGGAAAACAUGAUUUCCUACCGUCCAACUUCGAUCUUAAAUACAAUUUCCGCCAAAUCAGCGGUCCAGAUUCGUUGACCACGGAAAGCACGUGAAGCGACGGAAAAACCAGCACCUUCAAAUUGCGAAGCGCCAGUCUCAGUCACCCUUUCUCUUUCCGUUGCCGUGUUAAAUCUAGAAACCCUACGUUUUUUUAAAAGGUUCCGGUUUUGCAAUUCCUGCUUCUGUUUUUUCCGUAGUCUCGAUACAAGUUGUAAUUCUGAGUACAAUAAACUGGUUUCUCAUAUGCUGGGUCUAUGAACUCUUGACCUUCAAUAAUUAUUGAGGCCUCUGCAACGGCAAAUGGAUAAUGUACCUGCUGACUCAACAAGUUCACCUCCUGUUAAAUCUCCUGAUGUACAAACUCCUGCUGCCACAGAUUCAGGACCAAGUAAUUCUAUUCAUGAUGCACCAUCAAAGCUGCCGUCAUGGGCUAAAAGUUUAAAAAUUCCUCAGCCUUUUGCUGCCUCACAAGAGGACUCACCAACAGGAAAUGAUGGAAAAUCAACUUUUUCACGGUUUACUAGUGGGCUAGGGCUGCGCUCGCCUCUGAAAUCUCCUCCCGCUAAGGAUAGUUCUGAUGGGGCUUCAACAACUACACAACCUGGUUUUCUUGGAACAAUUACAAAAGGCAUAGUCGACUCAUCUAAAAAUGCAGUGAAAGCUGUACAGGUCAAGGCUCGCCAUGUUGUUUCACAGAACAAAAGGAGAUACCAGGAAGGAGGAUUUGACUUAGAUAUGACAUACAUCACAGAGAACAUAAUUGCUAUGGGGUUCCCUGCUGGUGACAUGAGCUCUGGGUUUUUUGGAUUUGUUGAGGGGUUAUAUCGAAAUCACAUGGAAGAAGUGAUUAAGUUUUUUGAAACCCAUCACAAGGGCAAAUACAAAGUAUAUAACCUUUGCUCUGAGAGACUAUAUGAUGCUUCAUUAUUUGAAGGAAAGGUGGCUAGUUUCCCAUUCGAUGACCAUAAUUGCCCCCCAAUUCAAUUAAUAAUAUCUUUCUGUCAAAGUGCUUAUUCAUGGCUGAAGGAGGAUAUUGAGAAUGUUGUGGUUGUGCACUGUAAAGCUGGGAUGGCAAGGACUGGGUUGAUGAUCUCUAGCCUUCUUCUAUACUUGAAGUUCUUCCCCACUGCUGAAGAGUCAAUUGACUACUACAACCAGAAAAGAUGUGUGGAUGGAAAAGCGCUUGUUCUGCCAAGUCAAAUUAGAUAUGUCAAAUACUUUGAACGUACCUUAACAUACUUCAAUGGUGAAAACCAGCCUGGGCGCAGAUGCAUGCUUAGGGGAUUCCGGCUUCAUCGUUGCCCUUAUUGGAUCAGGCCCUCCAUCACUGUCUCUGAUCAUAAUGGUGUUCUCUUCUCCACAAAGAAGCAUCCACGUACCAAGGAUCUUUCACCAGAAGAUUUUUGGUUUAGCGCACCAAAGAAAGGAGUUAUGGUCUUUGCUUUGCCUGGGGAACCUGGCCUGACUGAGUUGGCUGGGGACUUUAAAAUUCAAUUUCAUGAUCGGCAAGGAGAUUUUUACUGUUGGUUAAACACAAUAAUGAUUGAAAACAGAAAAACUCUGAAUACCGGUGAUCUUGAUUGGUUUGACAAGAGGAAAUUGCCAUCCCCAGGUUUCCAGGUUGAGGUUGUGCUAGUAGAUUAUAAUGGCACUGUUCCAACAAAGCCCCAGACUGAAACUACCACCAAUAAGCCAGAUGAAAGCUCAGGGACCGGUGCUGCAUCCACUGAUGGAAGUGCAGCCCCAUCAAGCAAAAACAAAGACCCUGGACAUAAUGACAAAGAUGAUGUGUUCUCAGACAGUGAGGCAGAAGAAUCUGGUUCAUCAAAGAGCAGACGGCAUAAGGCAAAAUCUGCUGAGGGAGCAGCUGCCCCUUCAGCCACCUCCAAAUCAGAAACAAAUACCAGUUCUGAUCAAGUUGCAAGUUUGGUGCAUUAUACUGAACAAGUUUCUUUAGGAAGUGCAAACUCCCAACAGAUGCACACCACUAGUGAGCCGAGAAAAGAUGCUGCAGCUGCUGGUGCUGCUGCUCCUGCUGCUCCUGCUGCAACUGCUGCUGCAGGUGUUCAGGUUUCCAGCUCAGAAAGUGAAUUUAAGGCAAUGGCUGCUGAUGCAUCUGUUUUCACUUUUGGAGAUGAUGAAGACUAUGAAAGUGAGUAAGCUAGGGCUGAUGUCAAACUUUCUGUACAUAAAUUGGUUUGCAAAUUAUACACGUGCCUAAUAGUAAUGUUCAAUCUUAUUCGUUUCAUUUGUAUCAUUAUCACAGUCAUUUGUAGCAUUAUAACGUGGAUGUUAAAAUAAUCGCUGCAUUAAAUGGUGAAUUAAAGUUAAUGGAAUUGGUUUCA